UGUGACAAUUAUUAUUCUUCGGUUUGCCAUCUUUACCUAAUCAUGGACGAAAACAAUGAUAUUUUUCAACCAAGUUCAUUCUAUGGGCGAAAAACUGCAAUGAAAAUACAAGAAUCAGCUAUUGACAGUGAUGGUCCGGGCGAUUGUGACGGAGAAGAUGAAGAAGUUGGGGAGCUAACUUUUCCUCCUGAACAAAUUGAAUUAGAUAUUGAAGACGAGGAUCAUGAUGAUGAGCCCAGUGAUGUAUUUCCUAACGAUGAAACUGUAGUUUUGGAACUACAGGCCGAUGAAAGCACCGCCUCGUCCAGAGCUACACGGACAAAGAGGCAUAUUUUAGCCCCGCAGUGGUACAAUAAAGACGGUGGGUGCACUCAAGAACCUGAAUAUCAGCUGUCAACUGGGACCAAACCCUGCUGCCAUGAAGUGCAACAUCCGUACGAAUAUUUCAAGUCCUUCAUUACUGACUCGUUUCUAGAACUGGUUGUCGAACAAUCAAACCUUUAUUCUGUGCAAAAAAAUGUGAAUAAACCCUUGGGGCUUACGAAGAAUGAGCUCGAACAGUGGAUUGGCCUCGUGAUGUAUUUUUCUAUAAUGAAGGUAUCUGACACACGAAUGCAUUGGUGCCGUAAACUUCAUGACUUCAUGGUCGUGGCCCCCACAGUGAUAAGCAGGAAUAGAUUUGAAGCAAUUAAAACUCACUUCCACAUAAGUGACAACAGCAAAAUAGCAAAUUAAUGUGAUAAAAUGUUCAAAGUAAAACCAAUGAUUGAACAUCUUCGACAAAAAUUUCAGAAAAUUCCAAUGCAGCAAGAACUAUGCAUUGAUGAACAACUUGUUCCCUUCAAAGGGAGAAGCCAACUGAAGCAAUACAUCCCAAGUAAGCCGCAUAAGUGGGGAUAUAAGAUAUUUGUUCUGGCUGACACAAAAGAAAUAAUACAUGACUUCAUCCCAUACACGAGUAAG